UGAUGUCACAUUAUCGCGCCACCGGCCUGGAGGUAAUCUGCUGUGUAACGUCCAGAGGCCGGGUUUAGCAUUACGACUACCGGGAAUACAUAGAGAGAAGACCGGAGCUGUGCAAGUAUGGAGUAUCUGAUCGGCAUCCAAGGCAGCGACUACGUGCUGGUGGCGGCAGAUACUGUGUGCGCCAACAGUAUCAUCAAGAUGAAGCAUGAUGUAGACAAAAUGUUCAAGAUGAGUGAGAAGAUCUUGCUGUUGUGUGUCGGAGAGGCUGGGGACACAGUGCAGUUUGCAGAAUAUAUUCAGAAGAAUGUACAGCUGUACAAAAUGAGGAAUGGCUAUGAAUUGUCUCCUUCAGCAGCUGCAAACUUCACACGCAGAAACCUAGCUGACUAUCUAAGAAGUAGGACCCCUUACCAUGUAAACUUGCUGCUUGCUGGUUAUGAUGAACAUGAUGGACCUUCCCUGUAUUACAUGGAUUAUCUUGCAGCUCUGGCAAAGGCACCUUUUGCAGCUCAUGGCUAUGGAGCCUUCCUUACCCUCAGCAUCCUUGACCGCUACUACAAGCCAGAUCUCACCCGGGAAGAGGCAGUAGAGCUUAUAAAGAAAUGUGUUGCAGAGCUCCAGAAGCGGUUUAUCCUGAGCCUACCUUCAUUCACUGUGCGGGUCAUUGAUAAAGAUGGGAUCCAUGACUUGGAGUCCAUUCCAGCCUCAAGUGUAUAACCCUUCCUCUUCUAUCAUGUUAGUUUUUUACUUUGAUUUCUACCACUUUUGAAAACUUGUUUCAAUAAAGUCUCCCAAUUAAGUGUGGGAUCUGAGAACAA